UCAGAUUUUAGAUUAGAACACCAACAACUCAAAAAAAAGCAUAGAGGGAUGAACACGUACCCAUCUUUCUCAUAAUUUUAUUUGAAUUUGUUUUCAUUCUCAAAAUUCUUCAAAAUUCACUAUGUCUUCUAUCCAAAUAGCCUCUGUUAGCAAGUUUCGUUACCAAAGGCUUAGGCAUGUAAGUGGGUCAGAAGAUCAAAGGGACAAGGUGAUUCUGAGACCAAAGAACUGGUUCAGGUUCAGGUUUAGGUUUAGAAGGAUUCCUAUUAGGAGAAGGUUCAGGCUGAAAAUCCCAAGCUUGAGAAGACUUUGGAGGAAAAAAGCAAGGUUGGUGUCUUCCCUCAGAAUUUCAUAUGCUAAGGUUAUGAAAAGAUUCAAAGAUGGACAAGUUCAUUUUGGAGAUCUUUUUGCUGGGAACUACUUGUUCAUGCAAGUCAAUCCUUCUUCAUUUAAGUACCUUGAAAAGGAGUUUUCUCUUUCCAAAAUUGCUUAGUGUGUUUAUCUUAUUUUGGUAUGCACACCCUUCAUAGUUCAUUUAAGUGGUUAUGCCAAGCACCUAGGUCUUGUUUUCUCAUUAUCCUCUUAAAUUUCCUUGUUUACUAAUAAUGCAUGUGUAGAGAUCUGUUUUCAACAUUGAGAAAAAUGUUGGAUUUGGU